AUGGGGGAGUGGGUUGAAGGGGUUUGGAGUUGGAAGUUGGAAUGGGAAAGAGAGCUGAGGGGAAGAGAACAAAGCUUACUGACUAACCUUCUUGCUUUACUUCAUAAUGCUGCUAUCUGUGCAGGUAAAUCAAGCGGAUGGAGAUGGAAGCCACAUCCUCAUGGGAAGUUUUCAGUCAAAACAGCCUAUGAAGUCCUCAGCCUCUCAAUCGGUUUUAAUUCCGGGGAGAAAUCUGAUCCGGAGAUUGGAAAUAUUUGGAAGAUUAAAGCUCCUUUCAAAGCAAAGAUGAUGUCAUGGAAAAUUUUCAAAAGCAGAAUCCCGACCACUGAUAAUCUCAUUCGAAGACAAAUUCCAAUCCCACCUUCAGAGGCCGUCUGUGUUCUUUGUAAGUCACAGGAAGAUAAUUCAGACCAUUUGUUCUUCGCGUGUAAGAAGACUUAUGAGGUUUGGCUUUCUAUUCUUUCAUGGCUUGGAAAACAAGCGGCUCUUCAUUGUAAGCCUAGAGAUCACUUCAACGCCUUCAAGAACAUUGGACAAAAAGGAGAUGUUACCAUCCUCGAAAGCAUCUGGACAUGUGUUGUCUGGUGUAUUUGGAAAGCGAGAAACGAAUGUAAGUUCAAUAAUGGAAGCUGGUGCAAAGAUAAGAUCGUGACCGAGAUUAUUGCGAGAGUUUGGGGAUGGAAAAACGCUUACAAAAUCCGCUGCACUCCAUCCGAUUUCAGAUCGUGGUCCUUGGGAGAGCAGAUUCUUUCAUGA